AUUUUCAGUCUGUACAAUUUGCAGUGUUAUUUUACUUUACUGGGUGCGCGUGUUGUUUGUUUACGUAUAUUUUGUUGUGUACGGCGCAGUUUAACGAACUCCGGGUUAAAAAACUUUUUCAAAACGAUAUCUAAUAUUUCGCGAUUUUAUAGCUUCUAAAAAAUUUUCUUGGUGAUCAAUUUUUUUCGGAGUGAUCGUGUAAUUUUGGUGAUUGUGUGUUAAGUGAUAUUCAAGUGCUUGACUGGAUUAUCUACCUUAUCUUAAGGAUUUUUUUGGCAACUUUGGUUACCCCAAGGAGAGACGUUGGAUACCGGACGAAAUAUUAUAGACUUGCAAAUGGCAUACGAUUUAAAGAAGGCGGCUCGAAGUGUACAUUUUUCCCAGCUCGUAAUUGGUAUUUUAUUUUGAGAAUUAAUUGACAUCAUUGGACAUUGGAAGUGUUGUUUGGAGUAGGUGGUUUCAACAAACCUACGUUCAUGCGGUGGCGAAAGUUUCAGAAAUACCGCGAUAUAUCGAGGUACACCUGAGUGUUUUAGACUUGAAAGUUAUACUCUGCAUGUAUUAUCCAUUUGCUCCAUCCAUAGACAAUUAUUUUGUCAAAACAACACAAGUCGUUGUUAGAAAGGUAGAGCGACAUCACGCUGGCUUACUUAAAGCCAGCAACAACUUGUAUGACUGCUGGGGAGAGUAACACAUCGAUCCCUGCUGCAACUGGUAUGCCAUUUAUCGAAGAUGAUCUUCUUUGGUGUCCCGACAACGAUACCAAAAUGGUGGACAUCUCUCAAUGCCUGGAAAAUGGAGGCGGCUUGGGAGAACUAUCGCAUUCUGAUCUCAGUGGUUUGGAAACCGGCUUAGAACAAGGAGAGGACGAGGAUAUUUUUAAGCAGUUAUCUGAUACUUCCUUUGAAUUAGAACAAUUUUUUGAUUUUUCCAAUGAAGUAAAAGAGGAGAAUAACAAUAAUGUCAUAUCCAGUAGUAAUAAAAAUCCUGCUACCGUAGCCCUACUUCACGAAUUACAAAAAAAUGUAUCCUCAUGUAGUAGAAAGUUCAACAUUGCUGCAGCGAAUCCUCUCCUUGCAGAAAAAUUAUCCACUCCUACAGUUGCCAAUGCCCAUAAGAAUAUACAGUUAUACUCGAAUCCUAACGUUAAUCAACGAAUAAUCAAAUCGGAGCCAGGGACGCUUCAAAACAGAACAGUAGAUACCAAUGUCCCAUCUCUAGUAUCAGGAUCUCCUUCGGAACACGCGUCGGUGGUAUCAAAUUCGUCAUCGAUUGUCUCGGCACCAUUGUACAUUAAACGGGAACCAAAUAGCGAAGAACAACAUAAAGCGUUACUUCACGGUAUCCUCAGCCAUCACCAUCAUAGUAGUCAAGUAGCUGCGGCUGCCGCUCAUCUCCUAGGAUAUACUGGCACUACCACCGCCACCACCACCACAGGCUCAUUACCUCCAAGUCCUGCUGACUCAGGUGUCUCAGACGUUGACAGCAGUAGUAGCGGUCAUGGAUCAAACGACGAAUUACGUGCUAGAUUACAACCGCCUCUACACAUUCAUCCUCAUCACCAUCACCCGCAUCAUCACCAUCAAGGUGUCAGUUCGUCCUCACCAUGCAACGGUAGCCGACGAAGUCCCGAAUCGUCGACGAAUUUGGGUCACCUGUCUCCUGCCGCGGCGGCUGCCGCAGUCGCCGGUUAUAAUACCGCCAAUCCUUCCGGCAACCAUUUUCUAAGUCACUACUACAGCAACCAAUACUCCUCGUCCAAUUCAACGAGCACGAAUACGGCCACAUCUACGACCAGUCCGCCGUCAGCACUUAGACCUCAUCAUCCCUUCUAUUCGAAUAGAAAUAACCUACCAGAAGCGUAUACUAAUGGAUAUAUGCCUCCGCCGCUAAGUCAACAUGCAGCCAUGGCAACCAAUGGCUCGAUCACUCACGGCUACGGCAAUCCGUUCAUAAUGCCGAGUGGCCCGUCACCUACUCAUCAAACCGCGAUGCGGACUUCCUCUAUACCAACUUCUGUGAUACAGGCUGCAGCAGCGGCUACUUCCAGCUCACCUCACGAUGAUCUAUACCUGUUGGAUCUCGGCUUUCAGCAACGAGUCAAGAAGAAAUUGAAGCGCGUUAAAUCCGAAGGAGGCGCACCUUGUACCGGACCUAAGCGCAAGAGUCGCGAAGGAUCAACGACAUACCUAUGGGAAUUCUUACUGAAACUUUUACAAGACAGAGAUUAUUGUCCAAGGUACAUUAAAUGGACGAACCGAGAAAAAGGAGUGUUCAAAUUAGUCGAUUCAAAAGCUGUCUCUAGGCUUUGGGGUUUACAUAAAAAUAAACCGGAUAUGAAUUACGAAACGAUGGGGCGCGCGCUAAGAUACUAUUACCAACGUGGUAUCCUGGCUAAAGUAGACGGCCAAAGAUUAGUCUACCAAUUCGUCGAUGUACCAAAGGAUAUAGUCGAAAUUGACUGCUCGGGCACCGGCACAGUUUAAAUUACCAAAUAACCCCGAAAGACGACGAGGUUUAAAAAAACCGAAGAAAAAUAGAGUGAAAUUGUAGGCUCGAUCGGUGGGCAUCACCCCCGAUACGAAUGUUAUGUUACGAAUUGCCCGUGUUAUUGUGUAAAUUUUUUUUUUAUUUUAUCAAACAAGAUCUCUGUCUUAAAGUCAGUUUAUUUGCGUUUGCUUUAUGUUGUUUUGCUCCUUAUUUUUUUUUUGUUCUAUCCUUUUGUUUUUAUUUCUUUCCUUUUUCUCUCUAUCUCUCUCUCUCUCUGUUUUGGUAAUUCUUUUAAACUUUUUUUUUUUGUACAUAUUCAUACGUAAUUUUAAGCUGCAAUUCGCGCUAUUUUUUUCAAUUACAACAAAGAUUUUUUUUGAAUGAUUAACGUACGCGUAUAAAUUAAUUUUUAAUUUUUUUUUCUAGUUUUAAGAUUUUUUUGUUCUUUUCUACUACAUGGUUACCUUUAUAUAAUAUGUAUUUAAGUUAUAGUGGAAGUAAGUUGGGGGGUGUGUUAAUGAAGAAAACAUUCGAUUUAGACUUAUCUGUCACGUCCUUUUCCCUUUUCAUUUUUUUUUCUCUUCUUCGUUGUUUUUAUUACAUAACGUAAAAAUAUUAUACGGCGUUUUCACGGCUUUUUUAUAAUUUUUUAUAUGUUUUUUUUACGUGUAAUUUUUUUUUCUUUCUCUUUCACGACGAUGACGGAAUUAUAUGGCUGAUUCCUCGCGAGGGUGUUUGCGUAUAGAAAUAGGAAUUUUCAAAGGAUUUUCUUCCUUCGUAAAGUAUAUCUAGGCUUUUUGUACGUUCCUUUUCAUUAGAUUUAUUUAUUAAAAAAAUAUUUUCGUUACGAAAUUCUCGUCGAUCAAAAAAUCAAAAAUAAAAGAUUCGAAGGUUGUAUUGCAAAUUCGAAUUUACUUACGGUUUGUGUUUUGAGAGGGAGUUAGUCGUUUCGAGAUGACUUUCAUAAUACUUAAAAAGUUGCGAAAUAAUUUAAUAUUCGAUGGAAUCGUAUGAAAAGCUCGUAAAUUUUUUUGUUCUCAAGAUGGCUGGAAUCCGUCUUGAGUGUUUUUAUUUUCUCAGCGUAAAUUUCCGGCGUUUAAAUCGCUUCCGGUGACCUCGAAUGAAUUUUUUUCAUGUACAAAUUAAAAUUUUACGACAAAGUUAUAUUUUUCCAAUAUUGUUACCAUGAAAAGAUAUUUACAAUUAUUUUUUCAUUUUUUUUUUUUUUUAGUUUAGUACCCUAGAGUAAUAUUUUAAUGUAUAUACCUAAAUGUUCCGUUUUUUUCGAAUUUUUUUUUCAUAGUAAAAUUUAAAAAAUUUUAGUAGUUUUUGGGCCUUAUUUCGUUGUGUUACGUAGUUGCCGAUUCAGUUUUUCAUUAGGAAUUAUUUAUGUACGUGUGUGUGUGUAAUUUUUUUAAAAAAAUAAUCGUUUAAUUAGAAAAAUAACUGUCGCGUGAAAUUUUUAAAUAAUUUACUCGUUUUAUUACGGAAAAAAAUUUCGAUAUUAAAAAAAGAAGAUAUAAAGCUCGAUGUGAAAAUUAUUACCGUUUUAUGAUAAGAAUUUAUUUUAGAAAAAUUUUGCCAAAUUUUCAAAACGGAUUAAUGUUUUAUCGAGCCAAAAUUUUGAUUUUUUUUUUGGUAUUUGAAGAUUAAAAGCGAACGAUAAUGUUACGAGUAAAGCUAACCUGAAUUUAUAUCGAUGUAAAAAAUUACCUCGAAUGAAAUUUUCUCGUCGAUACGCCAAUGCACAAGAGAUUUUUUUACCACUUUUAUUUGUUUGGUUGUUUUUUUUUUUUCGUUUUUUUUCUACUUUACUCUUGUCAUUUUUACUUACGACGAGUUCCUUUCAAUACUGCGAAGUACGAAAGCGGUCGUGUCAAUAGAGUGGUGAUAGUACAAAAAAAGAAAUAUUCGUGCUGUGUCGGAAGUGCCUUAGAAGGUUUCUUUUAAAUUAUUAUUGAGGUGAUAUAGAUGUCUGAGACAUGUGAUAUUGAACCUUGAUAUAUUUUUAAAAAAAAUUAGUAUCUCGGAGAAAAAAACUUAGCGGAAAUUGAUUAUGUACCUAGUAAAAUAUUGUACGAAGUAUGAAAAUUUUUAUUAUUGUUGUAACAGUUUAAUUUUUAUUUUUGUUUUCGCUUUGGAUGAAAAAAAAACCCUGAUCAUAAUAGAGAAUUACUUAUUCGAUGUACCGUAGUACAAAAAAAUACACAUUCCAAUUCAAUUAUUAUUAAAUAAUAAUUUUAUAAUGAAUUUUUGUACCUUUGUGUUAACCCGGAAAAAACUCCUCGAAUAACGAAUAGUUUUUUCAAUUUUUUUUUUCGGUGGUUUUUAUUCGCUUCUGGUCUAUUUGUAUGUACCUAUAAUUUUAUUUAGAAAAAUUCUAGUGUUGUUUUUAAUCUUACCAUUGAGAUGUUUGAAAAUACGGAAAUGAUGGAGUGAUUUUUUUUUAAAAAAAGAAAAAAACUUUGUACGCUCAAAAACGAAUUUUUUUUACAACGAAAUUUAUAUUUAUUUAAUUUUUUCACGAAGAAAAAUCCAAAUAGUUAACGUUGAAAAAGUCCGAUAGGAAAAUGAUUGAAGAUGGUUUUAUUUUAGUUGAGAAUUUAGAAAGUUGUUGUGAAAUUGUUGUUAUGUUGUAUUUGGAAAAUCAAAAUCGAUCGUUUCUUAUUAGACUGAAAUUUUUAGGGGGUUUUGGAAUGUUGUGAGGGAUUGGAGCUCGUACUUACCAAUUUUUUUGGCCGUUUAAAUUUCAUUGAUUGAUGAAUUACGAUUUAAAAAACGAGGAAUAAUGCUAAAACAAUGAACUCUCACAAUGUAAAUAUUAUUAAGUCUAUAUAAGGAGAAUUUCUAGCUUAAGUAUCGUUUGUAUUGAAAUUGUGUAUAUUUUUCAAAUUAUAUGUCAACUGUUACAAAUC